GUGGAAGUAUUACUUAUGGGUUAAGGGAGAUUCGAUGGUGUGUUAUUUCCACUCUUGAGUUGAACAAGUGCUUAGAAAUGAAGAAAGCUUUUGAAUCUGCCAAAAUACAUCCUCCCAUGUCCUGCGUUCAAGCAGCCUCGGCAUUGGACUGUGUGAAAAAGAUAGCGAAUAAAGAAGCAGAUGCUGUGUCAUUGGAUGGUGAGACUCUCUAUCAGGCUGCAAAGGAAUAUAAACUAAAGCCCAUUGUUGGUGAGACGUAUGAUCAAGAAGUUGGAACCCUUUUUUAUGCAGUGGCUGUUGUCAGAAAAGCAAACAAUUCAAUCACUAUCAACAAUCUGAAAAUGUUAAAAUCCUGCCACACAGGCUUCCAUGAAGCAGCAGGGUGGAAUGUUCCUAUUGGUUAUCUAAUUAACACUGGGAAAAUGUCAGUGAUGGAUUGUAACAUUCCAAAAGCUGUCAGUGAGUUUUUCAGUCAAAGCUGCAUCCCUGGAGCACAACACAUUCCAUCAAACCUCUGCCAGUUGUGUAUUGGUGAUGAGAAAAAUCAAAAUAAAUGUGCUGAGAAUGCUAAUGAGAGAUAUUUUAAUGAGAAUGGAGCAUUCAGGUGCCUAGCUAACCAAGCAGGUGAUAUUGCCUUUGUUAAACAUUCUACUGUACAGGACAAUACAGAUGGAAGUAAUCCCACAAUGUGGGCAAAGAAUCUUCAUUCAAGUGAUUUUGAGCUACUCUGUCGUAAUGGAAGUCGUGCUCAAGUAACAGAUUGGAAGAUGUGCCACCUUGCCAGAGUGCCUGCCAAUGCAGUUGCAGUCAGACCAGAAACUGAUGGCACUGCUGUCUUCAAUGCUUUGGAUGCUGCACAGAAAAAAUUUGACAUUACCUCAACUGGAUUUAAGCUAUUUGAUUCUGCUUCAUACGGCGGUAAAGACUUACUGUUCAAGGACUCCACCAAAGAAUUCAUGCUGAUCAAAAAUCAAACUUAUCAGUCCUGGUUGGGUUCCGAAUAUCUACAAUCCUUGAAAGGACUUGACUGCUCCAGAAUGCCCGACAAUCUGCGCUGGUGUACACAAUCUAGGGCAGAAUUGCUGAAAUGUGUAGAUAUGGCUGAAGCUUUCAAUAGCAAGAACCUGACACCACCAAUUCAGUGUGUGUCAGGAGAUGAUUCCAGUGACUGCAUGAAAAAGAUCAAGAAUAAAGACAUUGAUGCAGUUACAUUGGAUGCAGGGCAGAUUUACACAGCUGGAAAGGUAUAUGGACUGGUGCCUGCUGCAGCUGAAAGUUAUACAGAUGAUAAUGAUGGAGCAUCAUAUUAUGCUGUGGCAGUGGUAAAAAAGUCAAGUCAUAAUGCCUUCACCAUCGAUCAAUUGAAAGGAAAGAGGUCAUGUCAUACUGGAUUAGGCAGAACAGCUGGCUGGAACAUUCCCGUUGGUUCCCUCAUUGAGAGAGGGGAAAUACAAUUCAGCAAGUGUAAUAUUGAAAAGGCUGUUGGUGAGUUUUUUUCUGCAAGCUGUGUGCCAGGUGCAAACCAGCCAGGUUACCCAUCAAGCCUUUGUGAGUUAUGCAUUGGAGAUGUUGAAGGGAAGUCAAAGUGUGCUGCCACUACAGUGGAACGAUACAGUGGCUAUACAGGAGCAUUCAGGUGUCUUGUAGAGGUUGGAGAUGUAGCAUUUGUAAAACACACAACAGUUUCUGAUAACACAGAUGCAAGAAAUCAGGAACCAUGGGCUGUGAAUCUAAAAUCCACUGAUUACCAGCUACUGUGUCUGAAUGGUGCACGGGCAGAAGUGAAUCAAUGGAAGGAGUGUAAUUUGGCUAAGGUUCCAUCUCAUGCAGUGAUGGUCCACCCUUCCACGUCCAUUACUGCUGUCUUUGGCUUGCUUGAUAAAGGACAGGAUUUCUUUGGGAAAAAUGAUAAUCCUAAUGACUUCGAGAUGUUUAAUUCAUCAGCGUAUGGUGGAAGUGAUCUGCUGUUUAAAGAUUCUACUGUUAGAAUCAUUUCAGUUGGGGAGAAAACUACUUACCAAGAUUGGCUUGGAAAAACCUACCUGGACGCAAUCAAGAAGAUUGAAUGUUCUGGUGCAGCGAUAACAAGGUCAUCGUUGUGUCUGCUCAUUUUAAUGCUGCACAGUUUCUUCUUAUAAUCACCUCCAUGAUCUGCCACAAGACUCAUUUCAAAUCGGAAAUGUGCAGGCAAUUCAUCCUUGUUGAACCGAACUACUCGAGGAGAGGAAUUGAAACAAUAAAAACAAAAACACACUGCAUCAGAUAAAAUGAAGCCCAAGAUUGAAAAUGCUACCAAGCUGCAACAAAACAGACAUGAAAAGCAAUAAAAGAUGGUUCAUUUUCCUAAGCUCAGAAAUGUCAUAACAGUUUGAGAGAUGUCACACAGUACCUGAUUUAAGGAGAGUAAUUUGUAGAUUUAAACAUGUUAUAUGUGGAACUGGUAGAAAAAUUAUUUGGGGUUGAUCAUGACUGUUUAAAGAGGUCACUGUAUGUAGUAAUUUAUUAGUUGCAUUCAGCAGCACAGCUUCUGUAAAAGCAGAUGCUACAUCAUUGUGUGUACAUGCCAUAUUAUUUACUGGUAUAAAUAAUGGUUUACAAAUACUUAGCAUAUACUGUUUACAUUUCAUGGGACAACUUAUACAACAAAGUGAUUUUUGCAGAAUGCUUUACAAUGUAGGUACGCCUUAUAUAGAAUUUUCAGUGGAAUCUCUUUGAAGCAGUUGUGAUUAGGCAAAUAUGUCAGAGCAUAAAAAAAUUGUCUGUUACUUAUCUUGUGCAUACCAUCUCUAAAGGCAAUAGCCAUAUCAAUGAGCAUAUGUGUAAUUGUUUCCUUCACAAAUGUGUAACACCUCUUUCAAGUAGAAUUGUUCUCCCCAGCAGCUGUAGUUGUUUCGGUAAAGUUAGCUUCUAUUCAUUGACAUUUAUUCUUUAAACACAAAACUCCUGAAAAAACUGUUUUAGCCACAGAAACUUUGGUAAAGCUCAGAAAACACUGUCCAUUAUAUUUGGAGAGGAGAAAUUUGUAGGUGAGGUGGAGAGUAGUAAUGAAGUGGAAACAACCAGAACCUGGGUUACAGAGGAGAUAGGCAUGAGAUGUGGAAGUUUAGAAAAUAAAGAGAAAUAAAUUUAGAAAUUAAUGAAGGGAAAAGAAACAGGAUUCACUGAAAUCUAACAGAGGCAAUAGGCUGGCUAGGUUCCUAUGGUAAUGUAAUAUCAUAGAGCACAAUAUAGAGCUGUCUUAAAACUCUAUGUUUUCCAAAGGAAUUGAAAAUUCAUCUUUGAUGAACAAGUUUUGUAAUUCACUUGUGAAAAGUAAUCAAUUUCCUUAGGUCCCCCAGUGGAAUGUUAAUGGAUUUUGAGUAAAAGGAACAAAAAUUAGAAUCCAGUCAUUUACUUGGUUUUUAAUCUAGUCUCGUUUGCAAUUAAAUGGGAUCCAAGCAGGCAGCUUAUUCAAGGAAUGCAGGGAUAAGAAAUUAAAAUGCACUAAGGACUUCUCUUCAGAAGUUGGAUGAAGGUGUAUUGCUGGAACAUUGGAAAUGGCAUUCUGUUCCUUAAUCUGUACUGCGUAAUCAACGAUGCAGAUACUGGAUGCCAGUUUGAUGUGUAUGCCAGGUAUGUACUCAACUUUGCUGACAGCCACAAUAUAUACUUUAUCUGUAAUUGAAUUCAAUGAUGCUCUUCUUAAACCCUAACAACAAAAUAAUGUUCCUAACAUUGGCAGUAACAUUUUAUGUUUGCUAUAAUUUUGAAGUUAGUCAUUUCCCAUCAAUUUGCUCUUCAGGUCACCAAGGAUCAUCAAUCAUUUAUUAGCUGCAUGGUUGACAAGGCCAGCAUAUAUUAUUGCCAGGCUAAAGUACAAUAAGCUUUCCAGAGAAUGUUAGUUUUGCAACAAUAAUUUAAUAUCCCUUUUGUUAAAAGCUAAUAUUCUGUGGUAAAUUUUAUAGUACUGUUAGAGAGCCCAAUGAUGUUUUACCUAUUAGAAAUAGGCA